ACCCACUGCCACUCCAAAAAGAUCGCAUUUCAGAUUUUCUGGUGGGAAAAUGUGCAAGAUGGUGACAGCAGGAAAGGACGUGACUGGGUCCUGUUUGAGUCUAAUCCGGUUGAAGAGAGUCUCCCUUGUGGACACGCUGGAGGGGCGCAUCGAUGCCCUGCUGGACGUUCUCUUGUCGAGGGAGGUUUUCAACCGGGACGACCGGGAGGACGUGCUGUGUCAGCCAGGGCCGCGGGCGAGGGUGAGGAAGGUGCUAGACAUCUUGGAGUGCAAGGGCGAGGAAGCUGUCAACACAUUCCUCAGUGUUGUUGAUCAACCAGAAACGCCAAACGUAGGCAAGAGCAAAGACCAGCCGCCUUCUUUGGGGUACAAUCAAAUGAAACAGAAGCACAGAGAGGUCCUCAGACGAAGGAGUGAAAGCAUGCUCUACUACAACACCCGCCAUGGUGAGAAAAUCCUCUUUUCCGACCAAUAUGUCAACCUUCUGUUGGUCAACGGACACCAAGGCCUGGACAUCAAACGGCACGAGGUCCUAGCAUAUGGACGGAAGCGGCUAUCUUUGCAGCAAAAGUCCGCAGAGCAUCGCCGAAUUACACCAGACCAACUCUUCUCCACAGCCAAGGGAGCCCGGCCCGUCAAGAAGAUCCUAGUGACAGGGGUGGCUGGAAUAGGAAAGACCAUCCUGGUGCAGAAGCUGCUGCUUGACUUUGGGAAUAACAAAGAAAGCCUCGGCUUUGACUUCAUCAUCCACAUGACCUUCAGGGACCUCAAUCUGGUGAACAAGCCUGUGAACCUCCGGGAGUUGGUCUUGCGGAAAAACCGUCACUUGGCCAAAGAGCUGGACAACAUAUUGGCCAACGACGACAAAUUGCUCAUCAUCUUCGACGGAUUUGAUGAGUUCAGACACUACAGGCGUUGCGACGUAGACGCGUUUGUGUGUGAGCCGGACGACUACGGUGAGGUGGAGGAGGUGUUCACCAGCCUGAUGUUGGGAGAGCUCCUCCCCAACACUGCCAUCAUUCUGACGAGCAGGCCCACGGCCAUCGGCCACAUCUCAGUGGGCUGCGUGGACCGCUUUGUGCUCAUCGCCGGCUUCUCCCUGGACGAGAUCCAAGACUUCUUCUGUCGCUAUUUCCAGGACGAAGGCCUUGCGGAACAGCUGUUCAGGGUGGUGCGAGAGAACGAGCUGAUGUUGACACUGUGCUACAUACCGGCGUUCUGCUACAUCAUCUGCUGCAUUCUGAAAGAAAGCAAAGACUUCGCCGGGGACAACCCUCGGACCAUGACGGACAUUUACGUGCAGUAUUUGGUGGCCUUGCUCCGCACUCACACCCAGGAGAGGGCGAAGGCGUCCGGUGCGGUUCAGGGAACAUGCGGUGGUGAGCAGCUCUCUGACGCGGUGCUGCAGCUGGCUCGGCUGGCCUUCUUCAAGCUGAUGGAUCAGCAGACUCUGUUCUACGCCAGUGACAAGGAUGUUGCCCCUUUGGAAGGCUGUCCCCUGGCCAGUACCUUCCUGGACAAGAUGGUGGCACAGGAGCCCGGCUGCACUGAAGACGUUUACUCCUUCGCACACCUCACGGUUCAGGAGUUUUUUGCCGCAGUUUAUUGUGCCAUGACGGACCAACCUCUGCCUGAUGUCUUACAGCAGGACAGCAGCGCCGCUGAGGACACACUUAAGGGUCACUUGGAUCUGUUCAGCCGCUUCCUCUCUGGGAUCCUCUCCGAACGCAAUACCAAGCUUUUGGCGAGGCAAGUGGGGUUGUCUUGUGACGAGGGCAAAGCUGAGGCCUAUCGCCAAAGGACGGUCAGCAACCUCAACCACCUGUGCGAAAACGGCACGCACAUCUUGAACAGUUUGCAUUGCCUUUUCGAGCAGCAGGAUCCUUCCCUGGGGCAGGAAGUGAGAGCACAGGCCCUGCGACUGAAUGUCAGUGAUGAAGCCCUCUCCCCGAUGGAUUACAACGCCAUCAAGUACUUCCUGAAUGCCACUGCGGGGGAUCUCUCAGAGCUGGAUCUGACGGGGACGGACGUAAGUUACGAGGCAUUGAGGGAUCUCAUGCCUCACUUGCUCAAAUGCAAGCAACUCUGGGUUGGGGAAAAUCCUCUUGAUAUGGACACGAUUCAAGUCAUUGCUGAAGUGUUGCAACAGUCGGACUGUUUCACCCAUCUUGGAAUUGGAUGGACAGAUAUUGGUGAUGAGGAACUACUGGUCCUAUCCAAUGCAAUACGACAGAAGAAAGUACUCAAAGAAUUAUGGAUGGAAGGAAACAGAGUGACCUGCCGAGGUCUGCUGUCACUCAGUGACCUGACUCCACACCCCCUGAGUAAAGUUGUCGCCAUAUGGAACGACGUGACGGACACGGAGGUCCGGUCGCUGAGCGCGCCCAGCGACUGCGGCGGGGCCAGCCUGACGGUGGACUUCUCGGAGGACGCGGUGUGGGCGGCGUGGGGCGACUGGGUGCUCGCGAGGUGCUCGGUGAGCAGCGACGAGAAGCUCCUCACCGUGCUGCACAAGGUGUGCAAGAUCUCCACGCACUACCUGGAGACGGGCUGGGCGCACGCCUUCUACAGGGACCUGGGGCGCCUGGUGAAGAGCCGCGUCGAGCAGUGCACGGAGGAGGACGUGAGGAAGAGGCUGGAGACGUUUGAGGGCGUUCUGAGCUGGUGAAGAGGCAGGGGGACAGCGCCCGCCCGCCAGGGGGAGGCUGUCGUGACGUUACCCGCCUUAUGGGUCGCCGAGCAGAGACAGUUUCCCCAGAAAAGGGAAAUGAGGGUUGUCACUCAGUCUGCUUAUGAGUGGGUUUGAUAGAAAGCCCCAGCAGCCACGAUGGUCAUGUGGGUGGUGUUCUGACUCAUCAAUGCUGCGUGUGCAUGUGGCAGGGCACAGACAGGAAUGCGGUUACAUUAGGAUGCUGCUGGCACAACACUACAUUUUUUUCAUCGACACCCACCUCAUCGUCAUUGUUGUUUAUAUUAUUGUUUUUACGUUUCACGUUUCAUAAAAGUCAUCCUGUAUGCAGGCCAUAUCAAUGUGUGAGUGACUUAGAAAUAUAUAUAAUAAUAAUAACACUAAUAAUUAGGCUGGCAAAAUAAUAAGUAAUCCAAAGACCAUCAAAAACACUUUAAACUGUACACUUUCUGACCGCGCACUAAUGUUCAGAACCUUUUAAAGGUCUAAACAACAAGCUAGGGGCCUCUUUGACUUGCACUACGGGUAUUCGGUGUCUGUGGUUUGUUGCGAAAGAAGAAGCUGUCCCAUAUUCUAAUUAUAUAUAAACUAUAAAAAAUUAAUUUCCUGUUGAAACGGCGGUGCAUGCUGUGGUGCAAAGUGAUGAUGAAAAUAUGUUUCAAUAAAGCGACACAU